CAAGUAGAAAAAUGCACAACGAGUGUAUAUAAAGAUUUGCAAUCGCAGUCAUGCUGAAUGCAGUGUGUACUGUUAAGCGAUACGGAAAAGACAGUGAAUUUAUUCGAAUCAAAAAAUGAAGGGGGUAUUUGAAAUUCUUUUGACGGUGGUAGCCUUUCUACUUCUGGUGGUUAGUCUUGCUAAUGCGGUUGUUUGCCCGCCAAAAAAUGAGGCAGACGUUACUCUGCUUCCAAAUCCAGAUAAUUGUCAAACAUUCUAUCUGUGCAACGAUGGCAUCCCGUAUUUGAUGCAGUGUCCGGGUGGGCUUGAUUUCAACCCCAAAGAAAGAGUAUGCGAUUUACCCGAGCAAGCGAACUGUAUAUCAUCUGUUGUAACAACUACUAUAUCAACACCGUCAGGAUAUGACGCAGACUUUGAAGCCAGUUCUGAAGACGAAGAUUUUGGACUCUAAAAUCUGAAGAUUUAGUUUGAUUAACUAAAUUAGAAUUGCAAUGUAAGCGAAAUGUGCAUUAAAGUAGUCGAUUAUGUAGAUUAAAAAUUAAAAAGCAUAUCGUUCAA